AUGACGACUCCAAAGUUCAGCUCGAAAUCACCUACGAUUAGACGAAUACUUCGUGAAGCAGCCGAAAUCUCCAACUCACCUUCUGCCGAUUACACAGCCGAGCCCCUCGAAUCCGACCUGUUCGAGUGGCACUUCACACUCAAGGGGCCACCCAACUCAGUCUACAGUAACGGCAUCUACCAUGGUCGCAUAGUUCUUCCACCCACAUACCCUCUUCGGCCGCCUUCUUUCCGCUUCAUGACACCAAGUGGUAGAUUCGAAGCCAAUCGUGAGAUCUGCUUGAGUAUCAGUGGCCAUCAUGAGGAGACGUGGCAACCUGCAUGGGGAGUGCGGACAGCUCUUGUAGCGCUCCGAAGUUUUAUGGAGACGGAUGCUCGUGGCCAGCUUGGAGGUCUUGAAACCACUGACGCAGUGCGCCAACGUCUUGCCAACGAGUCACCGGCAUUCAAAUGCGCAACAUGCGGGAAGACAAACGGCGAGAUCAUCAAGGAAUGCGAAGAGCGAGCAAAGGAAGCAUCAUCAAGCGCACAGGAAGUCGAGAUCCCCAAAGAGCUGAACAUGGGGUGGCGAGAUGAGAUGGGAGCUAAGAAGGAGGGCGAGAGCAAACUUGAACAGAUAAACGACGACGCUGAGACCGCUCAGCUUGCAGAGGGAUUUGUUCAGACCGCACCAGAUGCUGUCACAGCUGCCAAUGAUUCUUCGGCCCCUCAACCACCAGCAGAGAACCGAAACCCCACCCCGACUCGAACUACACCCCUCCCCGUUCCGGCGGCUCAAGGACUUGUACCACAGGCAGCGGCACAGGCCCAAGCGCAGCAAGCUCGGAGAGCAACAGACGAUGGUGUUCCUCUGUGGCUUGAUCGAACUAUCGUUGUUUUGGUGGUGCUUUUGGUGGCCCUCGUUCUCAAGAUCAUCUUUGCUGUGUGA